ACAACUAAUUACUUAGCUCGUGUUAUCUAUUACUUGGUUUUUGUUCAUCAGUUUUCUGAUUUGAGAUCGAACAACAAACAGUACAAAGCUUAAAAUACCAAUAAACUUUCUUUUCACUCUUAUUAUUUCUUUUAAGAAGAAAUCUGUGAAGAUAAGAUGCAAUCAGCAAAAGAGAAGGUGAGCAACAUGGCCAGUGCUGCCAAAGAGAAGAUACAGAUUGCCAAGGCCAAAGUUGAACAAGAGGCAGAGCAAGCAACGGCAAGGACAAAGGAGGAGAAAGUAAUAGCAAAGGAGGCAAGGAAAGUGAAGGAGGCAGAAGCAAAGGCAGACCUACACGCCUCGAAAGCAAGGCAUGCAGCAGAGACACUAGAAUCAAAGCAAGCAGGCCAUCAUUACCAUAUACCCGGAACCGGCAUCGUCUCCGGAACUGGCCACCAUGUACCUGGCACUGGGCAUCAGACACACGCACAUCAUGUACCCGGCACUGGACAUCAAACACACGGAGGUGCAACAGGGCCUGGCAUUUUACCUGAAAGCACCACUACUACUACUACUCAUAACUAUCAAGGCUACCCUCCCCCCUACAAUAAGCAUCUUUGAGUUUUGGUCUCUUCUACUUAUUGUUUGUUUGUUUGUUUGUUCGUGUUGUGGACCUGUGCUAUAGAAAUGUUGGUUCUUUGAGAUGCUGUAAUAGUCUUUUUCUUCAACUUAGCGUUAGUUUGUAAUUUUUCUCUUUUUAGAUGGUGUGAUAGUCUUUCUUUCAACUAUAGCCUUAGUUUUAAUUUUACCUUCUUUUAGAUGGUGUAAUAGUCUUUUCAAUCAACUAGCCUUAGUCUGUAAUUUUACCUUUCAUGAAUUCGAGGGUUUCGCUUCCCUAGUUGUUUGAUUGUUUCUUCUUUGUAUGGAAAAUAAAUAUAUCGAGACAAAUUUUGACAA